UAUCCCUUGAGCUUUGUGUCCAAGCAGCUGGAUUGUUCUGGGCUCAGCUAUCCCAUGGCUCCUGCUCUUUUGCCUGCCACCCUUCCUCUGUGUGUGUGUCUGCUGCUGGCUUCUGGCUUUGCCCAGGCAGGCAAGCUGCUGGUGGUGCCCAUGGAUGGCAGCCACUGGUUUACCAUGCGGUCAGUUGUGGAGGCAGUUGUUCACAGAGGGCAUGAGUUGGUUGCUGUCAUGCCAGAGGUGAGUUGGCAACUGGGACAGUCACUGAAUUUUACGGUGAAGACUUAUUCAACUUCUUACACUCUGGAGGACUUGGACAGAGAAUUCAAGUUUUUUGCUGACACUCAAUGGAAAACUCCAGAACAAAGUAUGUAUGGUCUAGCAAUGGGUUCAUCCAAAGCAUUUUUUGACAUCACUUUUUCACGGUGUAGGAGUUUGUUUAAUGACAAGAAGCUAGUAGAAUACUUAAAGGAAACCUCUUUUGAUGCAGUGUUUUUGGAUCCUUUUGAUGUGUGUGGCCUAAUUGUUGCCAAAUACUUUUCUCUUCCAUCCGUGGUCUUCACCAGGGUAGUGUUUUGCCAUCACCUUGAAGAUGGUGCACAGUGUCCCAGUCCUCUGUCUUAUGUUCCCAGAUUUUUAAUGAUGUCCUCAGAUGCUUUGAGUUUCAUGGAGAGAGUAAGGAACCACCUGAACUACUUGGAAGAACAUUUAUUUUGCCCUUAUUUUUUCCAAACUGCCUUGGAAGUCGCCUCUGAAAUUCUCCCAACACCUGUCACAAUAGGUGAUCUCUUCAGCCAAAUAUCUAUUUGGUUGUUAAGAACUGACUUUGUUUUGGAAUAUCCCAGACCUGUGAUGCCCAACAUGAUCUUCAUUGGUGGAAUCAACUGCCACCAGAGGAAGCCACUACCCAAGGUAUGUUGUGUCUCCCUUAGCACACUGCGGAAAACCUGGCUUUGGGUGUUAAGAAAGAACCCUUACUGAGCUGUGAUUCUUUAUUAACAUCCAUCUUUCUGGGUUAACAAUUGUUUGGUGCCUAUUCAUUAAGUGUGGGUUAGAAAAUUGUAUAAAGCUGGCCUCAUUGAUAUUUAUGUGCAUAUCAGUGAUGGAAUUCAUGUCAUUUCUAAGUUUCAUUUCUAUU